GCUAUGAACUUUGAGUCUGAGAGUUGCCAUGGCUGGACGCAGUCCUAUGCCAUGCUCCACCUCUGCAAGGGACUCCAUGUUUCUCAGAGCGAAUCGACGUUGAGCCCCUCCGGCAGCAGCAGUUGCUCCAGUACCCCACCCAGGAGCAACAGUAAGCCCCUGCCAGUUUUGAGAGACUACGGCUCGGUCCGACACACCGAGCUUUGGAAGUGGCUCUGGCUGGACUUUUCCAGACCCGUGUCCUCUGAGGUCCCUCGGCUGAUCCGGAAGAACAUGCAACAAUGCAGCAGGAGCCAUUUGGACCUGGAAGCUCUAGAGCCAAUUUGCGAGACGGCGGUUGGCCUUUCGCAAAGCAACUCAUCCUUGUUCAAAGAAGGAUCGCAGAGUGCCGCUGUCUUCACUUUGGUAUCUUCAGCCAUGGGCGCUGGAUGCUUAUCGCUGCCCUUCAUGCUGAAGACGGCAGGUAUCAUUCCAGGUCUGCUGAUGCUUUUCCUUGGCGCUGUAUUGGCCCACCUUUCCUUGGUUGUCUUGAUGAGCUGUUCACGCUAUACCGAAUCAGACAGUUUCUCGAAGCUCGUCGCUCUCACGGGCACCAAGCGCACUGCGCGCACGGGCGGUGCCAGCCGAUCCGUGGAUGUGGUCAUCGCAGUGUAUGGGAUUGCAGCAGUUUUGUGCUACCUCAUGUUCAUUGGGGACUUCUUUCUCGGCAUUGUACAGUCACCCCUGCUGCAAUUGAACCUGUCCAGAGAAACCUUGAUCGUCAUCAUCUCGGUUCUCGUGGUGUGGCCACUCUCCUUACCUCGCGAUCUCUCGGCCCUGCGACAUGUUUGUGUCCUGAGUGUCCUCGCCAUUUGCCUCACCGCAGUGGCUGUGGCCCUCAAAGCUCCCAGCUACGCUCAUAUCGGGAGCCUCCAGGCCCCGGAAGCCGACUGGCAGUUGGUCUGGUGGAAAUCCGACCCGUACGCCAUGCUUCAGUCCUUCAGCAUCGCCCUGUUCUCCUUUGCCGCCCACACCAAUGCAGUGCCGGUGGCCACUUCCCUGAAGGCGGCGGAUGGCGCAAGCAUUUGGCGAGCCGCGUGCAUCAGAGAGCAACGCAGCCUAGGUGGUGCUUCAGGAACCGCUCCGCCGGGAGUGGCGCCGAAUCCCAAUCUGUGCAAUGGCGCAGUCGGCGCGCCGGGAGUGGCGCCGAAUCCCAAUCUGUGGAAUGGCGCAGUCGGCACAUCUGGCCCUGCGGUGCCUACCGUACCUACCGUGCCUGCUGCAGACAUAAAUCCAUGGAGUGGCUACAGCUUGGCGAGACAGGAUCAAAUGGAUGUGGCCUCUCCUUACAUGCCAAGGAGGAGCUAUCCGGCGGAUCCGCAUCUCCGGCUGCGGCGAGCGGUGUGUCACAAUGACCGUGCGACGGUCCUGGAAGCCUUGCGCUGCGGUGGCGGUCUUGGCAGAGACAAAUCAGGCAAGACCGCGAUGCAUUAUGCAGCCAACCGCGGGAAUUAUGAAUUGCUGUACAUCCUCAUGGAUCAUGGGCUGGAUCCCAAUGUGGCCUGUUACAAUGGGUACACGGUGGUGGAUGAAGCCGAAUACUGGGCCAUGAAUGGCCCGGAGCCCGCGCGCCUCAUGCGGCGCCGCUGCCGCGAUCUGCUGGCGGCCUAUGGAGGGCGGCGCUCGUACAACUCCGAGACAGUCAUGAACGACCGCUUGAGGCUGGAGAACAAGAACUUUGGUAUCCAACCGCCCUGGCGCGACGACCUGGAAAAGGUUGGAAGGGAGAGCCAAUGGAUGAAGCAGGAACCCAAAAUCGAUGGCUGGACACCGCCCAUUGCCGAUGCCUCAGAUCUCCCAGAUCCAGAGCUUAGCGAUGAGGGACGUCCAACGGUCCCUUGGGACCCCGCUCCAGCCGUGCCCUCGGCACCGCGCCCCAUACCGGCGCCGGCCGCGCGUGCGGUGCCCACGUUGCCACCGGAGCCGGCAGUGGCCACGGCGGAUUCCACGUGGGGCGACAGCGUUUUACCACCACUGAAGCCGCUGCGGGAGAUUUUGCUGGGAAGAUCCUAUGCCACUCGCGAGGAGUUUACGGAUUGUACCAACGAGGUCAGGGAUUUAAUCCUGGAUUUGCAAAAGCAUCCCAGAAACUUGUACAUAAAGAUGCGGCCGGUGCCGCCCUUUGAUCCGAAUGGUCGGAGCUAUGAAGUCUGAUCGUCUGGCACCCGGCAGGAUCCACGGUUGGUUGCAGUGACUAUCACCCGGUGUGUUUGGACAGAGGUCGUGGUUCGGUAGUGAACUUCGUAGGAAUGGCUCAAAGUGAUUGACCGAG